AUGAGGCUCAACAUCUGUUUUCUCGUGGGUCUGGCUGCCAUCAGCCAAGCCGAACAGGUCUCAGUAAUCCCCAUCAAUGAGACGACAUGUCACUCUUUUCCCAAGGCUUCUUCAAUUGAAUUUAUCCCUAUCAAUGUAACUGCAACUUAUUCACCCCUCAAGUCUUCGUCAAUUGAAGUCAUCCCCAUCGACGUGGUGACAGGCCACUCCCUCCUCAAACCCUCGCCAACCCAAGCCCCAUCGAACUGUACAUGCACGCACGAGGACACGAGAAAACCAGCCACCAACAACCGCCCGGCUGAAGUCCCCUACUGGGGCUUCAAACAAAGCUGCACCGAAAUCCACGGUGACGGAGACGAAGAAGCAGUCAUCUGGGCUUGCUGCGACACGACACACGGCUACGGCAUCCAGAACCGCUUCCGACUGGGCCAGUGUAUCGAGAAUGCGCGCGGGAAGCUAAUUCCACGCAAGAACGGGGGAUUCUGGCAUACUUGUGAGGAUUGUGGACUCAAGGAUCCGGAGAGACCGACGGUGUAUAGCUGCAAGUGCUGGCCUAUGCCAGGGCAUGGUGCGAAACAUGAGCGUGUGGAGGCUGAGAUUGAGUUGAACGACUUCAUUGGUAACGAUCAUGGCAAGUUGGUUUGCUUCGGCGUCACGGAGCAACGCUAUUGGGGAAAUUGCACCAACAACUUUCCUUGGGAUAACUAG